AUGGAGGCUAUGAUGCCCCAUUCGCGUGAGCACAGCUCUCAGCCCCAGGAGUUGGAUCAGGACCUUGGUGCGAAUCACACUGCUGAUGAGUAUGGUGAUGCAUUUGAUGGCGAAGCUCUCAUCGAUACAUAUAACAACGCUCGUCCGCCUCAGACCAUGGAUAUGGUUCAAGAAGCCGAUGCCAAUGAGCAUGCUAUCUCUAAUGCUGUCGAGGAGCUGAAUCCCGAGCCUGAGAGUCGACCAAGAAGCGCUACUAUCGCAUCAUUGCCCCGAGCUGCUCCAAGUCUACACGCUAUCACGGCUGAAGACAAAGAAGCCUACCCCUUUGACGACCAGACCGGUCGCUACAAGCUCCUUGGGUGGAAUUCUAAGGAGAAACCACUCGAACAUGAAGGAUCGAUGGUUGAAGUUCGCAUGCCCUUGGGCACCUCGACGGUAGACAACCAUGAGCGGGCUCGCUACAGCAGCGAACCCCAGACCAUCGGCACAGGUUUGGACGCUGGCGUUGGCUGGCUCGGCUACUUGGACGACGCUCGACGCGAUCUCCUGGUGACGCGCUGUCCGAUCAAACUCCAAGCCCCACUGCGUCGAAUGACUGCGAGGUUGAUGCAAUUCAAGUCUCCAGAAGUGGUUAUCCCGGCCCUCAUGAAACUUGAGGAAAUCGCUGAGCAUUACCCUAAUCACGUGUGGGGAAAGAUGCUUCGGAUCUUCGUUGCGGAAGGCUACAAAGGCCCAGCAAUCUACAACAUGCUUCCUCAGGGCGCGCGCACGCCACUCGCACUAGACGUAGCCAACAACCGGCCAGCCAACUACCUUCAACACGCCAUCGGUCGAGAGCAGGACCAUGCUAUGCUUGAGGAGCCGAAGCCUUACUUUCGAAUGAUCCGGAUGAACAAAUCCAAGGGUCACGCUAAGGUCCAGAAGCGCAAGAUGGACGAUGAUGAUCAUGAUGUCGAUAUCGAGGACGACCACAAUGAAGCUUCAACCAGCAAGCGUCAAAAGCUCUCGAAGACUAGAUCGAACACUCAAGCCUAUCCGCUGAGCGCCGACGAAAUGGAGAAUCAGCAGCGCGUUGACAUCCAAAUUCAGCGCACCAAGAUGCUUCUAUCUGAUCGCCUUAUGGUUCGGAAUCGCGACCUGGUCCACCAGAGCUUUCGCGAACGUCUUCAACUGGUCGAAAAAGAAUGGUACGAAGCUUACAACAAGUUUCUGUCGGACUAUCACCUCUUCCAGACGGACAAGACAAUGCUCCCACCGAUCUGCAACCAAAACAACGAGCCCUUCGAGGUGAUUCUCACUGUGGUUGAGCACGAACAGCGACUCAACGAAGCCACCGCCAAUGAUGAGGCGAUGCUCCGAAAUACAGCAUACGGUGUUCUUGAGUUCUUCCUGGCAAGCUUUGAGGACACGCUCAGCGCCGAAUUGUCUCUCGCUUACCAGAAGGCCCCUAUCGAAGUUCGUCAAGCGAUGGCCAGCUAUGUCGCAGGUCAGCUACGACCGAUGCCAGUACUCAAGGCUGAGCGAACAUUCUCAGCAUCGACUGAUGCGUCGACAAAAUUUGCUGGCGCGUUGAGCAACGGACACGUCAAGAGCUCAUCAUCAACCGCGACAUUGCCCAAGUUGAAUCAUCUGGACGCGGUAGGUCGCUCGAGCUCUCGAAGAGAGAAGCAGCGAAGCUCGUCUCCCAUGGUGCCCACCGGCAAUUCGUACGCUCCGCAGGCCAAUCGUCCAGCUCAGGUACGCUUCGCCGAGCAUUCGCGUCCAGGAACGCCUCAGCGACCCUUGCAGCAGACUCAGUCUGGAGCUCCGCCACGGUCGAGCGUCAGACCUUCAGCACUGUCGCCGUUUGGGAUGAGUCACUCAUAUGCGCCAACACCGACUGCGUCUGGCAACUUCGUGCAUGAGUCGCAGAUGCAGCAAUGGUCUUCGGCGCCCCUUUUCCCGCCACCAAUGUCCGGAAAACUGCCUCAGAAUGACAUCGGCUCUCAGCAGACAGUCACUCCUGGGCAGUACGGCCAUUUCGGAGGCAAGACCGAUGAGGCUCUGUCAUCUGGCACGGCGAAGCACUCGCGCGAGUCGAAUGACUUCGACCGUGUACUUGCGUCAUUGUCAGAUACAAACCGCGCAGCUCCAAGUCCUUGGAGACCUGGCACUGAUCCCGACAUCGCGAUUCCAGCUAUGCAGAAUAAGGAUCCGGUCGGCUUCGGCGGCAACUUCGCUGAAUCUGCUCCCCUCACGGAGACUCAGCACAAGCAGAUGGGAGACGAUAGCAACUUUGAUGUUUCGGAUUUUUCCAUCAACGUUGACGAUGACAUGUCCUUCUCAGAGCUGCUGUUCAACCCCAAUUCCGAUGACUGGACCCCCGACUUUGGGACACGUCCACCCUACUAG